CAACAAACUUUGCCUAUAUAUUUGCAAUGCACUGCUUUGCAAAAUUCAAUACAAAUUGAAAAGCUAAGGAAAAGCCAGAAACAUAGAUAGAGAGACAAACAAUGCCUUUGUGCAAAUUCUUCCCACUACUCCUUUUCUUAACCUUAAUAAGCCUCUUGAACAACCACACAGUUUCAUUCUCCGGUGAAGAAGACCUUACACAUUUGUGUUUAGAUUCUGGAAACUACACCGCCAAUGACCCUUAUGACAAAAACCUAAGACAGCUUCUAAUUUACCUCACAGCUGAAGCUCCAACCAAUGGCUUUGCCAUGGCCUCUAAAGGCCAAGGCCAAAGCCGAAUACACGGCCUCGCCUUCUGCCGCGGCGAUCUCUCCCCUCAUGAUUGCUGGAACUGUGUCGUCCGGGCUUCCGGCGACAUGCUCACAUCCUGUCCCAACAACAAAGCCGCCACCAUCUUCCGCGAGAAUUGUACCAUAAGGUACUCAAACGAAGACUUCUUCGGCCAAACCACGACAAACACUUCUUCGUCAUGGUUCUGCUGGAGGACAGCAUCCUCCGGUGAAGCCACGACGAAGAAUGCUGUGUUUGGCCAAAGAGUUCAAGAGUUUCUCACCCAACUUUGUGAGGAAGCUGGGUUGCAAACAAAAAUGUACGCUUCGGGAAUGUCGGAACUUGACGAGUUUCACACAUUAUAUGGUUUGGCACAGUGUAGUAGGGACCUGUCCACCAUUGAUUGCAUGAAGUGUCUCAAUGAAUCAGUUUCAUAUGUUGAACUUCCACAGUGUGGUAAAGAGAGAGUGGGAGUUAGAGUUUAUAGUGAGAGUUGUAGAGUAAGAUAUGAACUUUAUCCAUUUCUUAAUGAUCAUAGUCACUACCCUAUUCCAAGUCAUAUUCCUCUUCCUCCUUCGAGUGUUCCACAUGAUGCUGUUUCUCCAAAUCCUGCACCAACUUCUUCUUCCGAUAAAGCCUUUGAAGGUUCCACACUUAUUGGAUUCUCUUCUUCAAGUGUUCUGCUAUUUGUGAUAACUAUGGUAUGGUAAGAGUAAGGUCAGAUUUAAAUAUUCAAAUAAGAUUAUUUCUGAUAAGAAAAUAGCUGCAGUUAUAUUAAAAGGAACCCUUUUUUAUAAAUUAUUUUGUAAUGUUUGAAUACUACUAAACAUGCAUGUAAUGGUAAUUUCUUCUUUAUUGCAAGUUUUUUUAUGAAUA